AUGGCUCAACAGACACCCAGCUGCAAACCACAGGCAUGCGCCAUACAAAAUUGUCUCUUUUCCAAUAACUACAAUGAGUCUCGAUGUGACCAAGCUAUCAAUGACCUUUACAGGUGCUGUGAAAAGUUUUACAAGGAAACUAACUCCAAGGGUGUCACACCCUGUUGUCCUAAACCAGACCUACUAAGAACUAAGAUGACUCAGCGUGGGUUACAAGAAGAAUGA